AUGUUCGAUGUCGACGGCAUAUAUAAUUCCCAAAACCAGCGUAUUUGGGUGGCUAGUCGUGAUGAAGCAAACGAAAAAGGUGGCAUCAAAAUGAAACAGAAGUUCCCUAAAAAGGUCAUGGUCCGGCUGGCUGUUUGCUCUAAAGGAGUAACACCCUUGGCCAUUUUCGACCAAGGAACAGUAGAUCACAAAGUAUAUAUCCAGAAUGUUCUACCAGUAGCACUAGAAUUUGGAAGUAAGAUCUUCGGAGAACACUGGAUAUUUCAACAGGAUGGUGCGAAACCUCAUGUCCAUCACCUAACACAAAAGUUGUGUCAGGAUAAAUUUCCAUCAUUCAUAGGUAAAGAUCAUUGGUCACCUAAUAGCCCAGAUUUAAAUCUAUUCGACUAUUCUAUAUGGGACGAAUUUGCAAGAGCUAUCAACUGGAAGACAGUGAUAUCAAAAACCACCCUUAUCAAAGAACUGAAACGUGCAGUUAAAGAAAUUCGACAAGAUGUUAUUUUACAAAGUUGCUCAUAUUGGACUAUUCGUUUGCAGCGUGUCUUCAAAAAUGAUGAAUGUUAUUUAAAUAAAUAA